GUCCUGCACACUGAGGGAUAGCAGUGAUCAUGAGCAACUCCAAGAAAGUCAGGGGGCUGAAGACCAGUGGCAUCAGAUCUUCCUCUAAAGGCUCUGGGUUCCAGCCAACUUUUGAACUUUAUAGCUUUCCAGUUGUCAGUGUCUCCAGUUCCCAGUGUGAGGAGCCUAUCUAUAAUGAAGUGACAGAGGUGAAAGAUGAAACUGGGUGUGUGAGACAUGGCCUGGUUCCCGUGGUGCUGCAGCUGCUUUUCUUCAUUCUCUUCUCUGGGGUCCUUGCGGCAUUUCUUCUCCAAGUUCCAAAGGUACCCUGCACCCAGGAUGAGGAGGAGAUCUACAAGAAACUCAUGCAACUGAAGACUAGAAUAGACCUCCUGUGCCGUCCCUGCUCCUGGGACUGGAUGCUUUUCCAUGGAAAUUGUUACUUUUUCUCCAUAACUGAACGUAACUGGAAUGAUUCUCUCACUGCUUGCAUGGAAGUAGGGGCCCAGCUAAUCAUCAUUGAAAGUGAUGAGGAGCAGGCCUUUCUACAGAAGAUGCAUAUGAUUAAAGGCCAUCUCUGGAUUGGGCUCUCAGACAUAAAACAGGAAGGUUCAUGGCAGUGGGUGGAUGGUUCACCUCUAUCACCCAGCUUUAAAAACAAAUAUUGGACCUCAUGGGAAACCAAAGAUGCUUCAGAGAAAGACUGUGUAGAAUUGACAGAUCAUGGCUUGAAUGACAACAACUGUUCCUUGAAGAAAUUCUGGAUCUGCAAGAAAUCAUCAGUAUUCUGCUCCAACAACUGAUGUUCAGGUCUUUGCCUCAGUCCUUGCAGCUCCAACCUCUCUGGCAAGUGACCAGACUUUACCUACACUUGUGCUCAUCACUUGUCCCUAUUUGCAGGCACUGAGCUCUUAACAAUAGCUCUGCUGUUAUCUUCUGUCAUGUCCCUCAUCUUCUCAGAUGCUGGUUCAUUGCUACCUUUUCUCAGAAAUCUCCAGACCCCACUUGGCUUAGUUGUUGUUGAUCUGGUCUUUUUUUUUUGCGAUUUAAUACAAUAUCUAAGUGUGAUAUAUCCUCAGGGACUGUGUGUUUAUAAUAAAAAUGCUGUUUUCCUUGCUGA